CCUAGAAUCAAUUUUGGAAAAGUAUUCCAAACACAUGUCGGACAAAUCGAUGUCUGGCGACUGCUUUUCCAAGUUCCGUCGAAUCCGUCCAUGGCGGAGUGGGACUAAUGAAAGUGUUUCUAUGAGUCUAUUUCGAUAAUGACCUGACUGAAUCCCGAACGGCUGAAGCAUCCCACUCUCAUGGGAGCAGAAGAGAUUCCUCACAUGGCUUCUACGCUGACCAGCUCUUCAUCCCUAUUCCUCUUCUCUUAUUGUCGUCGCACGAAUCGUUUCACGAACUUUCAUUAUCAUCAUCAUCCCCAUCCCUCUCUUCGCUUUCGGAUUCCUCAACUCCGUUAUCGUCUCCGGGCUUCCGCUGGAUUCUCCAACUACUCACAUGAAAGUGAUAAUUUGAUCGCCGAUCCGCCCCAUUGGGGCGCCACUGCUGUCGUCGCCAACUAUUAUGUGGAUGACCAUGAUUCCGACGAUGAUGAUGACGAAGAAGAUCGUAGCUUGGAUUUACUUGUUCGGUUCCUUCAAAACAUGUUCCGCAAGAUCUCCAAGCGAGCCAAGAAGGUUGGCUUUUCUGUGAAUGGGGUCAUAAUAUUGGCAUUCUUGUGGUUUUUGAAGGCAUUCGUUGAGGUGGUCUGCACACUUGGAAGUAUUGUUUUCAUAAGCAUCUUACUAAUUCGUGGGGUUUGGUCUGGACUAGCCUUUAUACAGGAAAACCGCAACCGUAACUCUAGCAAUAUUGACGACCAGUCCCACAUAUGGAUGGGUGUGCAACUGACUUAGUUUGCUACUUCACCAUAUAAACUUCUAGAGCAAGAAAGACAUAUAAAAGAUGAUCUAGAAUGGCAGUCGUCACACCUGUAGAAAUUUUUGUAUUUUUUAACGUGACAUAAGAAAAGCAACAAGGUGACAACAAAAUCAUCACCGGCUACGGAGAAAACCGUCUUGACACUAGUUACUGAUGUAGAAAAUUGGGGUUGAUUUUUAUCGAGAAGCCCAAAACAAGCUGCUCUCAGUUGCAACUGAUCCAAACUAAACAAAAUCAGAAAAAAGCAGAGUUCAUUUGUAUGGUUACUGUUAAUUAACUUAAGCAUAAACUCGUGAGGUAUUACAUGAGACAUGAAUUUCUUGUAAAGGUGAAGGAUACUUUUUAGCUUCUUAUUUAUCAGAGGAGGGAGGGAAGGGGGAUUAAGUCUUGUGUUUUCAUGCUUGCACAUAACGUGUAAUAUUUCUUGGUUCAAAUGCUAAUCGAAUCUUCAUCCUGUAAUUGUUUAGCGUUGACAGUAGUUUACUAAAAUCAUCUUCCAGUUGUUCGACACAAUUGCUGGUGUUUCUUUCAGUUCAAUAUAUAUACUUUUUGGUUUCUGUUUUCAA